GUGACUUUCUUUCCUAAAAAAAAUAUAAAGUAUCGCACGGAAAGCUGGCUCUGCUGCUAUCGUAUUGAGUAAUACUAAAUAUUAAACUUGUGUACUUAUGCGUUUUGUCUUAUAUGUACGGACAAAAUCUUGAUCCCAAAUAAAAUAUAGAUGGAUAAGUGAUUGGUAACUCACCAUUAAAUUUUUGCUUCUUUACGGAUACAGACUGAAACGUAGAACUUGCCUGAAAAAUACAUAGAUCCAUGUUGACUGCAAAUAUGGAGAACGAAACUUUACGUAAAGAAAUAAAUCAUUACAUAAAACGUCAUGAUUUGAUGCAUCUUUUUGAACGACUGACCGCGUCCAUCAUGUUUGAUCGCCCAGAUGAUCUUAAUAGCUACAUUUGCGAGUGGCUUAUACGACUAUCGGGUAGUGCAGCUGAACAAAACAUUUCUUGUGAAGAGCAGACAGAAAGGAUUUCCAAACACAAAAAUACACAGCCACAAUCAUUCGAUAACGUUUCCCGUUUCUCGGAGUCGCUCUUACAUCUGACUUCCGAUUACGCUCCAGUAGAGCCAGUGCGCACUUCCGAGGGCAACCUUCCAGCACCUAAUUCAUCAUCGAAUUCACAGUUUACCCCGUUUUUGUUAUCGCCAGAAAAUAUCAGCACAUUUUACAGUAUUUUAGACCCACUCAACUCUGGAGGAAUAGCGGCCGCACAUUUUCGGGAAGUGGCUCACUUGCUUGAUCUGGAGCAAUAUAUCGACUGGAACAGCGUUAGCCAGGAAAUUGACCGGGAUUUGUUCUGCGAGCAGCUUGCUUCCGCAUUAUCCACCGAUCUGUCGUCACUGCGUAUAAAAUCCGGCAAACUGAGUCCUGAACCUGAUCCAGAAGGAACGCCUACGGAAGAUAAGGACAUACCGCAAUCAACGAAUGUGAACAACGAAGAUUUCGGAGAUGAACAACUGGCGCUGUGGGCCGGCAAUAUAUCCGAUGCUGACCUUACUGGCGCGACUGGAGUUGGGUUUUACGAAGGGGAUGACCAUCCUGGCCCAGGGAUGGAGGAUCUGCGUGAUGCUUCCUCGCUUGAUUCCCGGAUAACGAAUCCGGAUGAUAGCACCGGCAUCAACAAUGUUGACACAGACCCGGAUACUGCUCGUAGUAAUACUCGUGGUGAUACAGAAUUACGAAAGUCAAAAAGCUAGCUAGAUGCAUUUCUUGCAUACGAUCGCGAUACUUUACCUUAAUUGGCGAUUUGUUUGCAACAUACACGCAGCUGACAGAUUACAUUUAUUGAAAUCACUUGCUUGUCUGGUUGGUUUUUGGCUGUGGCGAUGGUGUUUGUUUUGUCCUUAAUUAGCGCAUGCUGCAAUAGCCAUUUGUAGCUACGGUAGUGAAUACUAGAGUAGGAUGAAUACUAGAAGCAUCACUUAAAUUUGGCUGUGUCCAUGAAUUUGCAGUUUUCACGUAGGUAGCAUCAGCAGCCCGUUUUCGAAUCCUUGCUUGACAAAUUUUACGUUAACUAAAUAAAUGCAUUAACCUGAAGUUAACAGUUAAUAGUUAUUAACAAACGUAUUAAACGAAACUAUUCGUUCA